AUGUGGAUUUUUCCAGACUAUGGAACUGGCUGUAAAACACAACUUCGCCAUAACAAUGUUCACUAUGGCAUGUUUGUUAUGACAAUUCAGGCUGAUGCAGUCAGAAAGAUGGAUGGAUCACCUACUGUGGUUCUGGUUGGUCCAGCGGGAAGGGGAAAGACAACUGCCCUACAGCUAGCAAUGGUGUGUGCAGGUCAGUUACUUGAACAAGUCUCUCACUACCUCAAAAGUUCUGUUUUAAUCCCCUGGGUCUGAAAUUUCCUAUCACAUCCAAAUGAAGUUUCUUAGUACGAGAGUCAUAUGAUCAGAAUGAGGUGCAGAGAAAGCUGGAAAGUAGGACCAUUUAUCCCUUGUUUGUCAAGAGUGGGAGGUACAUGCUUAAAACCAAGGAAACGAUUAGACUCAAAAAUCUCAAAAAUGUAAGAAAUAAUUGUUAAAAGUACCUUAAGUGCCAAUUCCAAUGUUUGCAAAGUUUAAGAACAGGUCAAAUUUUCUUUACAGGCAUUCAGGAUAUUGGCUUCAUCAAACCUGCCACAAAAAAAAAUUUUACAAUGGGCUAGUCAAUGAACACUAGGGGUCUUUCUGGAUGACCCACCUAAAACAUUUCCUCAGUAAAGGAGCUAUUCAUAAACUUCUUUAAUGGCGCCAGCCGGGANCUUAAAACCAAGGAAACGAUUAGACUCAAAAAUCUCAAAAAUGUAAGAAAUAAUUGUUAAAAGUACCUUAAGUGCCAAUUCCAAUGUUUGCAAAGUUUAAGAACAGGUCAAAUUUUCUUUACAGGCAUUCAGGAUAUUGGCUUCAUCAAACCUGCCACAAAAAAAAAUUUUACAAUGGGCUAGUCAAUGAACACUAGGGGUCUUUCUGGAUGACCCACCUAAAACAUUUCCUCAGUAAAGGAGCUAUUCAUAAACUUCUUUAAUGGCGCCAGCCGGGAGACAAUAUUAAGAGGGCAUACUACCUAUUCCCUUUUGAUCUUUUUACUAUCCCAGAUUUAUUCCAUAGCUAAUGUCUCCAAAGUUAAAGAGGCUGGAUUAAUUAUCAAGGGAUUCUAAACUUUACAACUGUGCGCUAGUUUAGAAGAGAUUCACGUAUUCUGGAGUAAGUUUGACAGUUUGCGUUUUACAGUUUCUCACUUGUUUAACCAAACUCGAUUUUUCUUAUCUUUUUCAGGGAACUUCAGAGGCUUGUCUUGGGUCCUUCUGUAAGAGGCACCACCGUAAACAGUGUCUGUCAAAGUACACGUUAAGAAAAUGAUCAACCAAGGGCACUUUUCCAGUGCCAUUGUCUCAUUCUUAUACAUGGGAAGUAGCUUUUUAAGGGAAAGCAUGGAUGAAAUCGCCUCAGAUCUCAUACCUUAGGUAACACCAUGUCUUAAUGGGUGUUUACUUGAUUCAAUUCUUCCAAGAGAGUAAGUUGUUUAAUUUUGUUAAAUUAGUUGAUAUCCCUUUUUGGAAAAGAAGGGACUUGUUGAAAAUGUUUUUGUUUUUAUUUUGGAUUUAGUUUUCCUUUUAAUUAGAUUUUUUUUUCUCGUUACAUCGCUCGUAUGCAAGUAGAGUAAAACCUAGCCACCUCCGCAGGUAACUCCUAUUGUAUCCCAUUGUAAGGGUUCACUGACCAUGAGGAGUCUCCAUAACUUCUCCAUAAUGCUCUCAACAUUGGCAUUCCACCGUGCAACUGCAUCUAUGAUUUGUAUCCUGCAAUCCAUCUAUCAUGAAAGACCGUUGGCUUAGCACAAAUUUGGAAGGAGUUAUGUAUCCGUGAUUAUUUCCUGUGACUUUUCUUUGUCCAUGGCGAUCAAUUUAUCUUGCAUAGCCUUAAACGUCAGAGGCUUAAAUAAUGAGCGUAAAAGGAGGCAAGUUUUAAGAUGGCUGCAUAGGCCAAGGUUCCAAAUCAUCUUCAUCCAGGAGGUUUAUAGUUUGCAAGAUACAGAAAAAAAUGGUCAGCCGAAUGGGGUGGUAAAGUAGUGUUUUGUCAUAGCACAAAACAUAGUUGCGGUACUCUUGUCCUGUUUCACCCAUGAUGUGGAACAUGUUGAGGUCGGCAAGAGGGGCAGGGAAAUUGCUCUGUAUGCUAAAAUCAAUGACUACAGAUUCACUUUUAUCAAAACCCAAGUGAAAUUUUUUUAAUCUUUAAAACUGCGUAUACGAAAAUUCACUGAUGAAAAGAUUAUUAUUGGUGGCAAUCUAAAUUGAUGCCUAACACGCAAGGAUAAAAAGGGAGGGCGACCCACUGAACAAAAGAAACAAUUAAUAGAUUGCAUUCUUAGUCUAACGAAUUAGCUAUCAAUUUAGUUGAUCUGUAGAGAAAAUUUCAUCCUAACGAGUCACUUUUCACCUGGCAUCACCAAUCAUCAGCUAUUCAGUGUAGGGUUGAUUAUUGGCUGGUGUCAAAACAUUUACUUCCACAUGUGAAAGAGUGCAACAUCAUUCCUGUUUCUUUCUCCGAGCACUUGGCCGUCUCGUUUAACAUCCAGUCUGAUGACUUCAUAAAAAGAGGACCAGGAUUUUUCAAAUUCAAUAACUCACUCCUUGAUGAUCAGUGUUUUGUCAAGGGUUUGAGUGAAAAAAAUUGGCGAGUACAAACAAAAAUACAACAAUUUAGAGGAUAGAAGACUUUACUGGGACCUGCUGAAAAUGGAAAUAAGCAGCUUUAUAAUUUACUUUUGCAGACAAAAUGCAAAGAUGAAAAAAGCUGAAGAAGCAGUCCUGCAGCAAAAGCUGUCCUCACUUCACAAGCUACGCAACAGACUAUUGCAAAUCAUUAUGAGGUAA